UGUUACCGGAAGGGUUUCCUCGUUUCAAGAUGGUGUUCUGUAUUACUUGAGAAAAACACAUUAACAAACAAAGCCACUUAAAUAAGAGCACACAAUAAAUUGUAUCCUGGAUGUUGCCGCUAAUAUAGCUGUGAAUGUCGUAUAAGGCGCAAUACCGUGAGAAAUGUGUUUAAUUUGAGUAAAUCUUUAGUUUACGGUAGAUAGCAUGCUAGCUCUGUGGUUAGCUUCGGACAAAUCUUUUAUAUACUCCAAUUCCACGCAAUAUUUUGUUGUUUUGAAACAAUGCUGGGUUAUUUGGCAGCAAGGAGGGCUGGUCUGGAUGACCCUCUCCGACUCAGGCGGGCGGAGGCGACGAGAAGAGUUCUCAGCCUGCAGUUGAAUGCAAACAGAGAUAUGGAGCGAAUCCAUGCAAACGGUGUCAAUACUGUUGACAUUGAAGUAAUCGAAGGCAAAUACAUGUUGUCUGGAGGUGCCGAUGGAGUCAUCGUCAUCUACGAUCUCGAGAACUUCAGUGGGAAACCGCAGUACACCUGUAAAGCUGUCUCCACCAUUGGCAGGUCCAGCAAGUACGGCCACAAAUUCAGCGUGGAGACAGUCCAGUGGUACCCUUACGACACUGGCAUGUUUGUAUCUAGUUCCUUUGACAAGACGAUGAAGGUGUGGGACACGGAGACUCUCAAGCCCGCUGAAGUGUUUGAGUUUGAGGGCAACGUCUACAGUCACCACCUGUCGCCCAUUGCCAGGAAGCACAGUCUCAUCGCAGUUGGCACCAACAACCCUAAAAUUCAGCUGUGUGACCUGAAGUCCGGUUCAAAGAUCCACGUCCUCCAGGGUCACAGAGCGGAGGUCCUGUCCGUGCAAUGGUCACCCAGAUAUGAACACGUUCUAGCCACUGCCAGUGCCGACAGCAAAGUGAGAGUCUGGGAUGUGCGUCGGGCAUCAGGUUGCCUCUUUACGCUGGACCAGCACAACGGAGACAAGUCGAAAGCUGCUUCUGAGGCAGUGAACACGGCCCACAACGGCAGAGUGAACGGCCUGCGCUUCACCAGUGACGGCCUGUACCUCCUCACGUCUGGGACCGAUGAUCGCAUGCGAUUGUGGAACAGCGCCACGGGGGAAAACACCCUGGUGAACUACGGGAAGGUCAGCAACAAGAGCCGAAAGAGGCGUCAGUUCACAGUGUCGCAGGGCUGCAGUCCGGAGUUCGUUUUCGCGCCGUGCGGCAGCUCGGUGGCCGUUUACGGCCUCCACACGGGCGACCUGGUCACCACGCUGCGGGGUCACUACAACCAGGUGGACUGCUGCGAGUUCCACCCGGACCACCAGGAAUUGUACAGUGCAGGUAAGGAUGGUAACAUCCUGGCCUGGGUUCCGGUCCUGCGUUGCCCAGAUGUGGAGGAUGACUCAGAUGAGGACGCCACGGUCAAGUCGUCAGUGAUCCCAGCCUUUCAAGACGCGUGGAGCAGCGAUGAAGACUAGUACUGGAGCCAUCCAGGUUUCACCAUUACGGCAGAUUCGGAGACACCAGAAAUCCUUCUGGUAAACAAUAAUCCUGACAUCAUUGUCAUAUUGAGGAAUUAGGAUGGAUUGAUUGAACAUUUGAAGUGUUUUGACAAUGAGAGGACUGGUAGGUUUGUGCGAACUGUCAAGAAUUUUAUUGUAAAUCCUUGGAUUGGAUUUGCAUUUUCAAACGUUUGUUUUUUGUCAUUCAUGGUGCAAAUUAGUUUUUACGUUGGAGGCCCUGAUGGAGCAACACAGAGUGAAACCAAGUGAGGUUUCGCUCUCACGCCCUGUUGACACAUUAGCUUUUGUAAAAGUCAUUUUUUAAAAAUAAUAAACUGGCCUUUUAUGCAAUUUAAGUUGUCUAAACUUUUAAGUUGAAAUAUUACUACUUUUUGGAUUAAAACCAUGUUGAUGAACUUUUUGUUGAUCAA